UUUGAAAAAAAAAAUUUCAUUAUUACAAAUUGGUGACUUAAAACCUCCUUUUAUAUAAAAAACAAACAUAAGUUUUGUUUUGUUCUUUUUAAAGGUAUUUACUUGUUUGUAUUUUCUUAAAGAAUUACUUUUAAUUUUAUAGUUUUUAUAUUAUUUUGUUAGGUAAUAAAUAAUAAAAAUAAUUAAUAUGGAGAAAUGUGACAUUGGAAAAAGCCUUAACAUUCAUUGCCACAAAACUGGAUUUUCAAGAAAACAAGGUUUUGUUCAAUUUAAAGAUCUUCCUUUUGAAAAACAAGAAGAAAUAAUAUGGCGAGCAAAUUUAAAGGAAAAAUAUAGUUCAAUAAGAAUUAUAUGUUGUUAUCAUGAGCAAUUCUAUGGAAAAUAUCUUGAGAGAAAAAUUACAAAGUGUUGCAAUCCUUUUGGAACACACAAGGAAAGUAAAAAAAUUGCUAUAAAAGGUAAUAUAAAGAUUUCCAUAGACAUGGCAAACUAUUUGCAAAAAAAUAAUGUUUAUGUAACCCCAGGUUGGAAAUUCUGCAGUAAAUGUUACAAAAAAGCAAUAGAAACUGAUGAAGAUUUAAAUUCACAGGAGGAAUGGGAAUCAAAAAGUGAGAAAAAAAUUAAGUUAGAUACCACUAUAGAAUUGCUUGGAAUCUCACCGGUCAAACUAAAAAGUCUUUCAAAACACAGCAAAUUGCCUGUAGCAAAACAAAAGUUUGAGAACACUAUUGACAGAGUUGCAAAAAUGGUCUCAUUAGCAUAUAAUAUUAAAGAAACUUUUUUAACAACAGAAAUAAAAAGCCCCAUUUUAAACAACAACAUUAACAAUGACCAUGAUCUAGACAUUUUAAUGUAUGAAAUAAAAAACAAAAUUUCAGAGACUGACUCUUAUCGCCAUAAGGUGCAAAUGUUAACACUCGCACCAAAAUCAUGGACACGUAAAAAGAUAUCAAGCUACUUUGAAGUGUCUGAGUAUCUUGUUCGAACAGCAAGAAAAGUUAAAAAUGAGAAUGGAAUUCUAUCAUUACCUGGGAAAAAAACUGGAAACCCACUUUCACCAGAAACAGUUAAUUUAGUGAUUAACUUUUAUCAAAGUGAUGAAUUUUCAAGAAUGAUGCUAGGAAAAAAAGAUUAUGUAAGUAUUAAGAAAAACCAACAUGUUCAAAAAAGAUUAUUGCUACUCAAUCUUAAUGAAUUACAUGUUGCAUUUAAAAAAGACUACCCUAACGUCAAAGUCAGUUUGUCAAAGUUUUGUACUCUUAAACCUAAAUGGUGUAUUACAACUAAUGCGUCAGGUACCCACAAUGUAUGUGUUUGCAUACAUCACCAAAAUACAAAAUUUCUCAUUGAUGCUAUUAGGUGGAAUAAAAGUUAUAAAGAUUUCAUGGCAUUGAUUGUUUGCUCUCUUGAAAAUGCAGAAUGUAUGUUGCAUCGAUGUAACCAAUGUCCUGGUAUUGAAGCGUUAAAAAGUUUUUUAGUGCAGGAGUUUAUGGACCAUGAGCAUGAAGAAGAUGUAGUAUUUAAGCAAUGGCAGAGUACAGAUCGUACAACACUACUUUCACAGUCAUUGCCACUAGAUGAAUUUAUUGAUUUAUUAUGUGACAGUAUUGACAACCUUACCACUAAUUCAUAUAAUGCAAAAACACAAAGUAGAUACUUAAAAAACUGUAAAGAAAAUCUUAACCAAAACGAAUGCUUAAUUUUAGGAGAUUUUGCUGAAAACUAUCAAUAUGUUGUUCAGGAUUAGGUUCAAAGUUAUCACUGGAGCAAAAGUCAAUGCUCACUUUAUACAGUUGUACUU